AAAAUUACUAUUGCAACACCCGUAAAAAAUCAAAAUACAGGUGGAACAAUAUCAAAGCAAACUGAUGCUAAAAAAAAUUUUGCAAAAAUUAAAUCUCAUGAUUAUAUGAAGUCCCUGAGUAAAUAUGCCAAUAGGAUUAAUAUUGAGGAAAUUUCCCCUGUCCAUCUAUCGACCUCAGUUGUUAAUGAUAUUAAGAUGAGCGACAAAAAAGCUCAAGGUAAUAA